CACACCACCUCCUCCGUGGAUGAGUCACACAAUCAGCAUUGCAGGAGCAUAGAAUGUUUCCUGAGUCUAUACCUGCACUGUUCCCUGCAGGUCACUGCCUGAAACAUUGCCAGUGCACAGAGCUUGCUGCUUCGUACAGUGACUAAGAUCCCAUUGAGCAGUCAUGUCUUUCUUCAGAAAAUCUUCAGGAAAUGAGGCCAAGAGUGCCACCCUGGGGUCAGUUAGCAGGCAGAAUGUUAUACAGGACACAAAUAAAAGGAGAUCACUUCUUCAGGACAACAGCUGGAUAAAAAACCGACCAACAGAAGAGGAAAAUAAAAGCAAAGAUGAAAACUUUGGAAAAAAUAUACUGAGUCACUACAAAUCCCAGGACAAUCUGGACAGGCCCGCAGAAGAUGAAGGAACAAAUCGCAUACACAAUAGGUUUAAGUCUGAUGAUGCUUUGGACAGAAUUCCUUUGAAAGGCGCCUCUGAAAGAGGAAACAAAGCUGCAACUUUGGAAAGAUUGCCUGCGAGUGAUAAAUCAGAAUAUGAAAAUAAAAGACAAUCCUGGACUCCUGGAAGCAGAACAACAGCAACCACUACAAGUACAGAGGAUAAAAGAAAAUCAUGGACGCCACUGAACAAGAGCACCAUCACAACCACUGAGACAAAACACAUCAACCAGCCAACUGAUAAGUCAACAACAGCAAGUUGGAUUGACAGCGCCAAAACAAGCUCUGAAAAACCAAAAGUUGUACCACGUUCACCUACUGCCAACACUGAUAACAGAAAUCAAAACAUUGAACAUAUUGAAGUGUCAAACACAAAAAUAAAAAGUACUAAAGGGACUGAUGAGCUUGACAACUUUAUUGACAUCAAGCCCUCUACUAUCAAAGAGAAACCCAGGACUGAUGAGCUUGACAAACUUAUUGACAUCAAGCCCUCUGCUACUAAAGCAAAACCCAGGACUGAUGAGCUUGACAAACUUAUUGACAUCAAGCCCUCUGCUACUAAAGCAAAACCCAGGACUGAUGAACUAGACAACCUAAUUGACAUCAAGCCAUCUGCUAUUAAAGCAAAACCCAGAACGGAUGAUCUUAACAACCUUAUUGACAUCAAGCCCUCUGCUGUUAAAGGGAAAACCAGAACGGAUGAUCUUAACAACCUUAUUGACAUCAAGCCCUCUGCUGUUAAAGGGAAAACCAGUUCGAAUACCAUUCUAAAAGAAGAGGACCUGGAUGACUUUAUUCAAGUAGAAAGGGAUGCCAAAAAUAUUCGUUCUAGGGAUGAAGACGCUAACAAUUUAAUUGAAAGUAAAAAACCUGAAUCCAAACCAAGGGAUCAAGGUCUGGAUGAUCUCAUUGCUAUUACUGGGGAUACAAACAAAGGUACAGUAAAGCCAACAUCUACCAACACCAGCAAUGUAACAAGCCGGAGUUCUACAACAUCUUCUUACGUAUUUAAUGAGGAUAAUCAGAGUGCUCCAAGCAGAAACUCUACUACAACAUACACAGUGACUGAAGAUACCCAUAAUGUGCCAAACAGACGUUCAACCACAACUACUAGAGUUACUGAAUCUACAGAUGCCGGAAGCCGCCGCUCAGCAUCUUACAAUGUCAGUGAUAAUUCUGAUGCACCCAACCAACGUUCCAAUGUCGGCUAUUCUCAGGAAACAAGCUAUUCGUCUCCUCCAACUAAUACUUAUGUCUACAAAACUUCAUUUGAGGACAGCAGAUCAUAUCAAAGCAACAGUGCAGCAAACUCUAUCAAAACAGUUUAUUCUACCUCUGACCGGUCAGUUAUUGAAAAAGACAUGUGCACCUUCUGCCGCAAGAUACUUGGAAUUGAUGCCAAGAUGAUCCUCAAAGACCUAAGCAUAUCCUGUCAUGCAUCUUGCUUUAAGUGUGAAGUAUGCAAUGGAGAUUUAGGAGGCAUGAGAGCUGGCGAUAGCAUGUGGAUCUAUAAGCAGGCUAUUCACUGUGAACCCUGCUAUUUUGCAGCAAGAGAGAAAUGGAUUAUAUAAACAAAUCACUAAAAACUCAAUUGAACCAAGAUAAAGAGAAGAUCUUGAAGAUGGAUUGUUUAUCACACACCUAUGUAUCUACACAUUAUGUUUCUAACAUUACUGUUAUACUGAAUUUCAAUUUGGAAGUCCUAGUGGUGUUACAAGAUUUAUAUACACAGAAACAAUAUUAACGUUAUUUAGUUCUCAGAUAUCAUGCUGUGCUGCCUCCUGUUUAGCUGUACGUUACCCUUUCCUCAUAGGUUCAUGCUUGAUGUGUAUCUGCUAUAGUUACCCACCACUAUUAAUAUGCAAGUGAAUAGCCUAAACAAUAGGAUUGUGGUGGUGUUGGUUCCCUAAAAAUGGGAUCUUAUAUUUCCAUUUGCAUCCAUAAAUACUAUGGCAUGUCCCAAAGCAUACAGUACAUCCCAUUAUAUAAACACUGUGUAACAGUACAAUUUUUCAAACAUUUUGAAAACUGAUCAAGGUAAGUUUAAAACGUUAAAGCACUUACCCAGUAGAGCAACAUGGUAGAUAAUUCAGUAGAUACAUUUUAGUUUAUGGAGCACAUGUAGCUGUCCAAGCCAGUUUGUCACUGUAAAGGGGUGAAGUGAGCAAAUGUUAUUUUGUGGCUGCACCCAAAAUACUUGUGUGUAGCUGCUCACAGUGGCAGCUCCUUUCUGGCUUUGCUCAUGCAAGUCACCUGUUGAACUACUUUGCUACACCACAACUGUGCCUUCCUGCAUCAGAAAUCUAAAACAUAUACACAAAAUAUCUUACAUGUGGCACAGGGGACAGUAGCUCUCAGUUAUAGCUAGUGGCGUAUUCUUUACCAAUGAAGCGCAUCACAAAUGAAGUGCAUUACUUGUUCAAAAAUAAAUCUUUUGUUUCUUAUAAAUACUGAUGGGAUUUGGAUAGUGCUGUAAAGGCAUAUUACCUUCAAAGCAGUACUUUUAAUGAUAAAUGUUACAUAGGGUGUUUUAUAGUCUUUCUCGUGUAGGAUAUGUAUAACCCACUACAACCAACUUACUUUUGCUAAGGACGACCAUGUUUAUUACAUUGUAUUAUAUAUGUUUUUGUUUAUUAUUGAAAUGUAUGAGUUUUUUUUUUUUUAAAAAUAUCUCAAUUUUGGCAUUUUUCUUAUAUAUACUGGGUGCUUUCCUAACAAAUUCCUCAUGCAUGAAUUCUUAAAAAUUUAAAUACAUUAGGAGAAACUAAUAAAGCUGAAAGUCCUGUUUACUA